AUGGCUCCUUCGGCCAAAGGCGCUUCCAACGCUGCAGGCGGCAGCUCCAAUUCUAACCAUGCAGCUUCGCUUGGCAUUGGUCUGUCCUCGUCCUCGGCUGGAGGUGCUGGCGUAGGUAUCGGUCUCGGAUCGCUGGCGGGCGUGCCAGCUUCCGUCUACCCCACCGACACCAUCCGCGACGUGGCCGAGUCCGUAGGCAUCAACGGCAUGAAGGAGAGUGUGGCUGCUGCGCUCGCAGCUGACGUCGAGUAUCGCAUCCGCGAGAUCGUUCAAGAUGCAACAAAGUAUAUGAGACAUUCCAAGCGCGAUCAGCUCAAGACCACCGAUAUCGAUGCCGCCCUGCGCGCACGCAACAUCGAACCCAUCUACGGCUUCCUUCCUUCAUCCUCAGGGCGAUCCGGUGCGAGCAAUCCGUCGAGGUACACGGCGGGUCCCACAUUCCGUCGCGUCCAAACAGCAUCCGGCGUGCCAUUGCACUACAUCGAGGACGAGGAGAUCGACUUUGACAAGAUUUUGGAGGCAGGGCCCAAGAUCGGGAUUGGACGCGGAGUCGGAUGGGGUGCUCACUGGCUGGCAAUCGAAGGUGUACAGCCUGCUGUUCCGCAGAAUCCAUCCCCAAUCGCUAUUGCAGAAGCCAAGGGCGCAUCCGGCUUUAUGGGUCCCACUUCGACACAACCUGCUGCUGCUGCUGCUGCACCUGCAGCCAAAGCCGUCACGGUGGCUGGCGGCGAUGGCCAAGCGAUUGCCAAGCCCCUCGUGAAGCACAUUUUGUCGCGAGAGCUUCAACUAUACUACGAAAGGCUCACAAAGUCAAUCGUCAGUCCGCCGCCGGAAGCAGACGAAGAUCUCGAGGACGAAAUCGAUGAGCCGGCUCCGACCAUUGCGCCGUCGACGCUCGGCAACACAGCACACGAUCAAGACGACCCCAUGGAUCAUACUGGUUCGCCCAAGGACCAGAUUGUCACGCCACCAAGGCCGACCGGCCUCGCCAAGCCGCUCAAGGCGUUCGCACAGAAGGGAUCAGGUAAUCAUGUGCGCGACGCCGCGCUGGCCAGUCUUCGUGGUGACCCUGGUUUGCAUCAGCUGGUGCCAUACCUCAUCCAAUUCGUGGGUAGCAAGGUCAUUGAGAUCCUUCGCUCGCCGCCGCAUGAUGAUGGCGCGGCAGAAGCAGCGGACGGAGCGUCGGCAGCGACGGCUGUGCGCGAAAGCCGACAAAUCAGCGCAGCCGACAACCACAUGCUCAGCGUCCUCCUGAGCACCAUCCACGCCAUUCUCGUAAACCCACACAUCUUCAUCGAGCCUUAUUUGCACCAAAUGAUGCCUUCAAUCCUCUCGAUCCUGCUCACGUCGUCGUUGGCGGAGCCAGAGCUGCUUCGGCAGCUGCAGGGCUCCGACGAAGUACACACGCCACUGAUCACUGCUGGGCCGUCGUCGUACUCGUUGCGCGCACAUGCGUCUGCGUUGCUCACGCACGUCGUCGACACAUUUGGCUCUUCGUAUCCGACGCUCAAACCGCGUGUGGUGGCUACGCUUCUCAAGGCGCUCAUGACCGGCGUGGUGCCAGGAAGCAGCGACCAGGACUCGGCAGCGGUGGCGCGACGCCACGAAGCUGCGGCUCGAGAGCCCCGCGCAAGCCCGGGUACCAAGCUCGGUGCGCUCAUGGCACUUCGUCGUCUGGGCAAGGCAAGCUUCCGCACACUCCUCUCCACCUCUGCGCAGCUUAACGCCAAGUUGGGCGACAGCUCGGAGCUAACGGAUACGACGGCUCCGUCCGCAUCGCCGCUUCGUCUGCUCGGCGAAUGGAUGCAGGCGUGGGAGUCAGGUUCGUUGCACUCUGGCGAGAGUGACCAGCAGCAGCAACAGGAGGCGGUGCAGCUUCGCGUGCUCCAGAUGAAACCCAUCAUCAACGAAGUCGCUGGGGCACUGCAUGCACUUCUCCCACCAUUUGUUGCGCCAAAUGCUGCGCUUUCGGGGACGCCCGAGGAGCGCACCGAGACGCUUACGUCGACGUAUGGCGAGUACUGGAUGCGAACGAUUAUCCGUGUGGAUGUCAGGGCGAGGGCUGCACUUGAGACUGAGCUGGGCAUGCGUGCCAGCAGCAGCAGCUCGAAUGGAGUAUCGAAACCGGUGCAGGCGGCCAGCAUUCCAUUGAAGCACGAGCACGAACAGUCGUGA